UAUGAUAUGACUGACUCCUUUGGCAUAUGCUUUUCAAGAACUCAACCCUACCAGCGGCAAAAUAUGCUAAAAACGUGCACCAAAAUCUUACCCCGACACCCUUUACAUUUCAGAGGGGCAUCGACAAAUGAUGAAACGCACUAGCAGUUAAAAAUAUUAAUAAUUGAGACAAAUGUAUGUAUAAUAAUCGUGUUUUUGAAUAAAUGUGCAUGUGUGACCAAAAUUGAUAGGAUUGUCGCCGACAGUCCAAUUCCAAUUCGACUCUAUUUUAUCAGCUAAGCAACUUUGUAGAUAUUAAUGGUUGGAUCAAACGAUACGAUAUGACAUUGCAAUUCAUGUCAUUAUAGGACGUGUUACAGGGAAACAUGGCUCUCUGGUGAAGGAAGGUUGCGACUAUAACAUAUUUUUAUUAUUAUGAUAUUACUCACAUGAUAAUUAAUCACAGCUAGUUUUCUAAUGUAUAGGUUCAUUUACGUUUUUCAUUGGCAUAUCAACACGUGAAAUUAGUGUUGUUACUAUUAAUUAAUAGAAGCUUUGAAAGAACAUUUUUCACUACGAAGUACCUCAAACUUAAGUGUCAAAUGAGUAAUGAAGCUAUGAAUGAAUUUUCAAUGGAUGUAAAGUAAAACUUCUAUAAAUUAAUAUAGUAGGGACCGUGAAAAUUAAAAUUUAUAGUAGUUAUUAGUAAUUUUUGAAAAUUCAUCAAUGAAGUAAGUUGUUGGAGUAUCCAGGUGAAAGUGAUGAAUGUAUUGAGGCACAAGUAUGGAAGAAAUAGUGGCCGACGUUAGUGAGAAUUCAGUUGAGGAUGAAGAAGAUGAUGAUUCAACACCUUCGAAAUCGGUCACGCGAAAGGAAGCAGUUAAAGCCGCAUCCACAGUUCAAAAAUACUUGUUGCAAUUAGAGAAGACAACAUCGACAAUUUUGAGUGCAAUGAGGAAAUUUCAAGAUGCCUUCUAAUAGACUUGACCUUCAAGAAAAAACAAAGCACCGGCCUCACCCGAAUCCCAUUGUCGAGGAGCGAGUACCGUAUCGACUCAUGGAUUUUUCUAGUCGCAUAUACCUUUACCAUUCUCUUCCGCUAGUCGCCUCUUCUUCCCGACCGAAGAUUGAUAAUUUAUAUCUGCGGCAAAGUACUCAGAUGACUGGGUUUUGGGACGAAAAGGAUCAGGACGGCGGGGACUAAGUUGCUUCAAUCUGGCCAAGAUGACAGGAGAACUCCAUUUUACAGAGAGAGAGGAAGAAGUCAAAUUUGUCUAUGGCGCCAUAUUAGACAGAGUCAUCAAAUCUCGCUGCCAAUAGCCUACAAGAAAUUGAAAUUGCUGGCUGUAGGAGAUGGAGGGUUUGAGUUUUUUAUUUUGGGAUUUAUAGGUUUCCCUGCUCUUUCUCCACUUCUUCCUUCUCUCCUCAUUGCGAUUUCUGGGUUACAUAAGGAUUUUGGGAAUGACGACACAGAGGCUGGAAGAGAUGGAGAUGUAAGGUUUGAGUUUUUGGAUUUCAAAUUGCGUUGCAUGUGUAAUAAACCAGUUGGUCCCAAUAACUCCAGUUGUUGGAAAAAGAUUAUGCAGGAUCUUAUAACACUAUCUAACACGCCCUCUAAAACGAAAGCCAGCCCACAGACUUGAAGUUUGCACAGGCCCACCAUACCUUGUGCUUUAAUUAACUGUUAAUAUUGGGGGUCGUGGAGAUUCGAACACACGAUCACUUGGUCAAACCAGGCUCUGAUACCAUGUCAUAAACCAGUUGGUCCCAAUAACUCGACUUGUUGGGAGAAGAUUAUGUUGGAUCUUAUACUACUCUCUAACAACGUGAAGCUUGGUGGGUUUUGGACUUUUGGGUUGCUAAACAUUCCCACCAGUAUCGAUUCUUUGUUUGUUGAGAUUCUCAUGUCGUCGGUUCAGGAUUUUAUGGGGAAACUGGGUUCUUUAUUGGAGUGGCGGGCUGCGAUGGCUGGAUGGAAGGGAUGUCGAAUGGCAGUGAGGGGGAGCCUGUCUCCGGAUCCCGGUAAUCUUUCUUUAUUUCACUAAAAAAAAUGAGGUGGCUGACACGUGGCUUGGAAUAGAUGACUCAUAUUUGACUUGUAGAUUACGUGUACGUCCACAUCAACAAAGAGCUAACAAUGUUGAAUUUUUUUAACGGAAAUGGCUAUAUUUUUCAAAUUAGUUUUAAUUUUUUUUUUAAUUUUAGCUAUAUCUGUGUAUUUUUUAAAAUGUUACUAUUAUUGUCACAACGUGCAAAGUUAUGGCUAAGCACGUGUAUUAACUAUUAAGACUACUAAAAAUUCUGCUUAACUCAUGAGGUACUGUUAUCUUAGAAAGGACAUUUGGUAUCCCAAAUUGACAGAGGUACCAUAUAAUUCACCACGUAUAUGUAUACCAUCCAAGUUCAUACGCUUAUUGCAGCAUGCAUAUACCGUACGUAUGCCUAAUGAGAUGACGCUAAUUAGACAUUAACAAAAUGUAUUUUGGGUAUAUGGUACUAUACCCUAAUACUGAAUGAGUGACUUCACAUUUCUAAUCUCCAAACUCAAAUCUUAAUAUCAAUUCAAUUAAAAAAAUAGACGAUUCAGAUUCGUCGAAGUACAUUGAAAUAUCGAUAUGUGAUGUAUAUACACUAAACGUGAGCAUGCCUUGACUAUAUGUAUAGCUUAUGUUUGGCCCAGUUUUUAGAAUUGUAUUGAUUCUUCAAAGGUUCAAAUCGGGCGAACACCUCUAGAAGCUUGAUUUUUUAAAAAGCUGUAAAGUGCUUCUUUGCAAACGAUACAUUUUUGUUUUAAAAAUACAAGAUUAUACUUACCAUAUUUUAUAUAGCGAGUGUCGUUUUUCCCACCAAAAUUAAAUAGGAGUUUCCUGUUUCAAUUCUCAGUAUUGUAUAUAACGUAUUGAAGACUUGAAGAUCCAGUAAGUUAAAAGAUUGUGUUUGCAAAUUAUGUACUAGACACCACUUAAGUCCAUCACUUGAAUGUUUCGGGAGGGGUUACGGUGCUAAUUGUACAAUAGUUAGCACCGUUCUAACCAAAGGAAAAACUACUACUAGUUUGAAUUAGUAGUGAUUUAGCUUAGAUGUUGUAUUGAUUUUAUAAUAAUCCGUAGUGAUUUUUGCUAGUUAUCACGGUGCUAACCUCUAUAAGGGUUAGCACCUAAUCCCAUCCCGAAGGUUUCUUGAAGACUUGUAGUUAGUUAUUCUCAAUUUUCAUUGUGAUUUUUUACUUACAUGUUUUUUCAAUCCACUCUUUAAUUUGUGGUUGUAUUAGGAUAUUGGAUGAAAUCUUGAAAAUGUUUAUAUUAUUGUAACUAUUAGCUAGAGUUUUUUUUUAAUACCAAUUGCAAUUAAUUAUAUGACAAGUUUGCAAGUCAAACAAAUUAAUUCGAACACUUUGACAAGUUUCUUUAACUUUUAUAAUUAAGUACAUAUGCGAUGUAGAAAGAAAUUGAUUAAAAUUGUGGAAAAAUAUUUUAAAUGAGUGUAAUAAAAUGUGCAAAUUGUACUAACGAGUGAACAACUUGAUGCCCUGACCCAAACAACCCGCAACCCGAUCCGUCCACAACCUGCCCGACCUGCAACCCUAUCAACUGAUAAUCCGAUUGACCGAAAAUCCAAAUAACCCGCAACCCGCACCCAAUCAACCUCCAACUCAACUAACUCGAAAUCCAAUUAACCCACAACCCAAUUGAAUCCAACCUAAAACUGCCAAGACCCACCCGAUCGACACCGCUACACUUAAUCAUUGACUUCUGGCGCCAAUACAUUCCCUCAUCCACC